AGGGUACCAGGACUCGGUAUAGAGACAACCGACCAAAUAGGUGAAUAACUUGAACCACACACCUUUGGAGGCUUUAUCAAGCUGGUUGCCCUGGUUUGAUAGUGUUAUCGACGUAUAUUGAGACAUCUAAACUUCACGAAUACAUACAUCAUGACGGCAAACUCGCCUUUCGCUUCUGGUAAAGCCAAAUGGAUUUGGGUUCCUGGAUUCGAUGACGCUGCUAAGAAAGGGCAGUUUGUGUUGUUUCGUAAGACCUUUGAGAUCAAGAAUAGGCCAAGUGAGGAUGUCUUCCUGCACGUGUCAGCAGAUACGAGAUAUCGGUUGUAUCUUAAUGGCGAAAGCAUCAGCUUUGGACCGUGCAAGAGUCACCUCGACCGCUGGAAUUAUGAGACUGUCAACAUCACACCAUAUUUAAGAGCGGGCCGAAAUAUUCUGGCUGCUAAAGUUUUGCGAUUUUCGAUCGCGCACGAUGGGUGUCUUAGUAUGGUGAGGAGCCCGCUGCCGGGCUUGAUUGUUCACUGCGAGAUUGCUGACCAGAUACUCCAUACCGAUGAGAGUUGGAAGGCUAAGAAAGACGAAGGCACACAGCUAGUACCAGAUUCCGAGUGGGAUUAUCGGCUGGGCCCCCAAUUUCUGAGCCUGAAUGAGAUUGUUGACGGCCAAAGGUUAGAUCUUGACUGGAAUAGCCUUGAACACGAUGACAGUGCGUGGUCUAACGCUGUGCUGGGGACACCGCAACGGAAGAUGUCUCCAAUGCUGGACUCUCGUCGGUUACACCCCCGAGAGAUCCCGGUAUUACCAGAGAUCCCUUCUCGCUUUGAUGGUGUCGUCAAUCUUGAAGGCCCAAUUUCCAAAGAGGCAUGGAUCAAACUCCUCACUGAAGAUUUUGCCCUUGAAGUUCCGGCCAACAGCACGGUGUGGGUUGAAAUUGAGUCCAGCGCGUUGACUACCGGGUUUUUAGAUCUCGUGUCCACCAUCAAUAGCAAGGAUUCAGAUGCCCCCGAUAUUGAGAUACUUUGCUCAGAAUGCUAUGAGUCGCCCAUGCAACAGAGCACAUCUCGCAGAAAGUCAGACAGGACAGACUUUCAGAACGGUGCUCUGUACGGCACGACAGACAAAUAUACGCUGCACGACGGCAAAAACCACUACUCGCCCUUCUGGUUCCGAACAUUUCGUUACAUCCGAUUGACAAUAACUACCAAAUCAAGCGCUUUUGCCCUGAAUGCAUUCACGUACCGUUCGACACACUACCCCCUGGAGAUUCGCACAAAGCUUGAAACAUCUUCACCGUUCAUCUCGAAGCUUUGGAAUGUCAGCAUCAACACCUUGCGAAACUGUAUGCACGAGACAUACGAAGACUGCCCGUUUUAUGAACAGAACCAAUUUGCCAUGGAUACCCGGAGUCAAAUACUAUUCACGUACCUGCUCUCCCGGGAUGAUAGGCUCGCACGAAAGGCUAUGCAAGAGUUCCAUGCCUCGCGAAGAGAAGACGGGCUUAUAGAAACACACUUCCCGUGUCCUGGCCGUGGCAUGAACAUCCCCACAUUCUCCCUGUUUUGGAUCCUCAUGGUGCAUGAUCAUAUGGUACACUUUGGCGAUGAGAGACUGGUCAGGUCCUAUGCCGGUGCGAUCGAUGGCAUUCUCAAUUACUUCGACCUCCUCAUAAACGAGCUAGGUCUUGUGGGGCAAUUCGAUCCAGACUGCUGGGCUUUCGUGGACUGGGUAGAUGGUUGGUUUACGCCGGGCAGAGGCUUUACGGGCCUUGCUGUGCCAAAAGCAUAUUACCAGAAAGGAGCAGCAACAUACCACACUCUGGUGUAUGCGUACGCCCUGCUUAAGGCAAGCGAGCUGCAAACGUUCCUUGGCCGGCGCGAUACUGCAAAGGAGUAUAUGUCGCGCCACGAAUCGCUCUUGCGGGCUGUGAAACAGCACUGUUUUGACUCAUCUAGCAAUUUCUUCCUCGACGGCCCCGGUGCUAUUGACGAGCGAAGUCAACAUGUUCAAGUCCUCGCCGUGCUUGCCGGGUGCAUUAGGGGAGCUGAAGCCAAAGAUCUCAUGCGACGUACCGUUCUUGAGCGGGAAGAGCACAAACUAGCCAAAGCUAGCUUGGCCAUGGGCUUCUACGUGUUUCGGGCCGUCAGUGAGGCAGGCAUAUACGAGGAUUGCUGGGACACAUUGAUACAGCCAUGGAGGAAAAUGAUUGACGACAAUCUUACAACUUGGGCAGAGAGUGAAAGCAUGAUGCGAAGCGAUUGUCAUGGCUGGAGUGCGGUUCCGUUGUGGGAGAUCGGCACGGAAAUUUUGGGCGUCAAACAGGAAAGUAAGCCAUAUUUAGCCAAGGUGAAGGGUGAUGUUGAAGGGAAAGGAGUACAUGUAAACUCUAGGAAAGGACUGGUCAAUGAUAUCAGGGCCGAUGUGCUUGUCGGAGAUGAUGAAACAGUCCAUGUGGAAUGGGGGACAACAUCGUAGCUCAAAACAAAUACAUGAAAAUUUAAUCAUC